AAAAAAUGUUUGUUGCCAAAGCAACGUGCAUCUAGCAGUUUAGUCAAUUUCCUCGAUUUUCCCGAAGGAAAGUUUAACGAUUAUUAAGGUCUUACGGUAUAAAAAUGAAGGUAGAAGAAGUGAAAAGUACGGUGAAAACCCAGCGGAUUAGCGCCCACAGCCACAUCAAAGGAUUGGGUCUGGACGAAAGCGGUUUUGCCAUUCAACAAGCGGCAGGUUUGGUGGGCCAGGAACAAGCCAGAGAAGCCGCUGGAGUGGUGGUAGAUAUGAUCAGAAGCAAAAAAAUGGCUGGCAGAGCUGUACUACUAGCUGGUCCCCCUGGCACGGGUAAAACGGCCAUUGCCUUGGCCAUAGCCCAAGAGCUUGGAAAUAAGGUGCCGUUUUGUCCUAUGGUUGGCUCUGAAGUAUACAGCUCUGAAAUCAAGAAAACUGAAGUUCUUAUGGAGAAUUUCAGACGAGCCAUCGGUUUAAGAAUAAGGGAAACUAAAGAGGUAUAUGAGGGCGAAGUUAGUGAACUUACUCCGGUGGAAACUGAAAAUCCUGCUGGUGGCUAUGGAAAAACAGUGAGUCAUGUAAUAAUAGGCCUUAGAACAGCAAAGGGAAGCAAACAGCUUAAGCUGGAUCCGAGCAUUUAUGAGGCUUUACAGAAAGAAAAAGUGGAAGUAGGAGAUGUCAUUUACAUAGAGGCCACUAGUGGAGCUGUCAAACGUCAAGGUCGCUCUGAUGCUUAUGCCACGGAGUUCGAUUUAGAGGCUGAGGAGUAUGUGCCGUUGCCUAAAGGCGAUGUGCAUAAGAAAAAGGAAGUUGUACAGGAUGUGACGUUACACGACUUGGACGCGGCCAAUGCAAAACCACAAGGGGGCCAAGACGUACUCUCGAUGAUGGGUCAGCUGCUCAAGCCGAAAAAAACAGAAAUCACCGAUAAACUGCGAAAGGAAAUAAACAAAGUCGUAGAUAAAUACAUUGACCAAGGUAUAGCGGAGUUGGUCCCCGGUGUUCUUUUUAUUGAUGAGGUGCACAUGUUGGAUAUCGAGACUUUUACUUAUUUGCACAGGGCGUUAGAAAGUGCGAUCGCUCCUAUCGUUAUUUUUGCCACUAAUAGAGGCAGAUGCUUAAUUAGAGGUACAGAUGAUAUUUAUUCACCACACGGCAUUCCAUUGGAUCUCCUAGACCGGUUAUUAAUAAUUAGGACGGUUCCUUAUGAACGGCCCGAUAUGGAACAAAUUUUAAGGCUGAGGGCGAAAACUGAAGGUUUGGAGAUUGACGAUGAAGCCAUUACUGCUUUGGGUGAAGUUGGAGUUAAGGCUACUUUGAGGUAUGCGGUCCAAUUGUUAACACCCGCCCACCUGACGGCAAAAAUAAACGGACGCUCCAACAUUUGUCAAUCAGACGUUGAGGAAGUGUCCACUUUGUUCCUGGACGCGAAGCAGUCCGCCAAGAUUUUAUCGGACAAUAAGGAGAAGUUUAUGCUGUAAAAGUUCUAUGUUGUGAGUGAUUUUUUUUUAAGUUAAGAAUUAGAAUAAAGUUCUUUUUUUUUUAAA